UUUAAUAAUGGCGUGGCAGCAGAGAGUGGCAGCUGCUCUCUGCCCAGGUCCGGGACCGGAAACCCACCUGUAAACAUCAAAGAGGAAUUUGAUGAAAAAAAUCUGUUUAGUGACUGUUAUAAUGUUACCUCACAGAGUAAAUCUCCGCUGAGAGGUCGCUCUGUAAACUGUGUGAAACUACUGGAUUGUCGCUGGAAGCGGUCGGUCAUGUCGUUACUGUGCGUCAGAGUGAAGAAAGCCAAACUCCAGGGACCACCAGAUAAGUUCAACACCUAUGUGACGCUGAAAGUGCAAAAUGUUAAAAGCACAACUAUCACUGUGCGUGGGGACCAGCCCUGCUGGGAGCAAGAUUUCAUGUUUGAGAUCAACCAGCUGGACCUCGGCCUCAUUGUUGAGGUGUGGAACAAAGGUCUCAUCUGGGACACCAUGGUGGGGACUGCAUGGAUUCCAUUAAAAAGUAUCCGACAAUCAGAGGAGGAGGGCUCAGGUGAAUGGCUUUUCCUGGAUGCAGAGGUCCUGAUGAAAGCUGAUGAGAUAUAUGGCACGAAGAAUCCGACGCCUCAUCGAGUCCUGUUGGAUACUCGUUUCGAACUGCCUUUUGAUAUCCCAGAUGAUGAGGCACAGUAUUGGACUGGCAAACUGGAGCGCAUCAACAGAAUGGGAAUCCAUGAUGAGUGCUCUCUUCAGGAAGAUGUUCAGAGUCACCCAUUGCCAUUUGCGGCUUCCCAGUGCUCCUUGGAUGACCAGGACAGUGCUGUAGAUGACCGGGAUAGCGAUUACCGCAGUGAGACCAGUAACAGUUUGCCUCCACGUUACCACACAACUGCUCAGCCCAACUCAUCUAUGCACCAGUACCCGAUGGGGCCUCGGCCACAGCAUCGCCCGGAUGGCUGCACAGACUCUGUCCACAGUUUCGACCUGGACUACAGGGACCCAAGAGGAAGCAGUCCAGUGGAAAGUAGUCGCUUUGGGUCAUCAGGAAAUCUUAGCCAGACCAGCUCCCAGCUUAGUGAGACUGGCCACGAGAGCACUGGAGGGUCAGAACUGGAGGAGUCCUUCCACUCCUAUCAUAGUACUGGUUUUCACCCUUCUACCAAUGGGCAGCUACGCACAAAUGGCACAAAUCUCUCCAUCAAUGGACACUCUGUGGUCAGUGAGCGGGAGAUGGAUAGGCUGUCCCCUGACAAAAGACAGGACAUAAAAAGUGAUACUACAGCAGAGACAGGAUCCCCCAAACUCCACAGACCUAGUUUCCAUGAUGAUGAUGGACCACCAUUACCCUUUUCCCAAUCCAGACUUCAUUGGAUGAAGGCCAUCACUAAAGUCAGAGUUCAACUGCGGGAGGUCAGAGAUGUUGAACCCAGUACUCGACAGGCAUGGGUCAAAACAGGUGGAGGCUCUGGUCUGUAUGGAAUUGACAGUAUGCCGGACCUACGUAAAAAGAAGCCUAUCCCAUUGGUCAGCGAUGUGGCUAUGUCCCUUGUCCAAGCCAGGAAGGCAGGGAUCGCAUCUGCAAUGGCUGCUCGAUCAUCAAUUAAGGAUGAGGAGCUGAAAAAUCAUGUCUACAAGAAGACCCUGCAGGCUCUUAUCUACCCCAUAUCUUGCACCACACCACAUAACUUCGAGGUGUGGACAGCGACUACACCUACAUACUGCUAUGAGUGUGAGGGGCUCCUGUGGGGAAUCGCACGGCAAGGCAUGCGUUGUUCUGAGUGUGGUGUCAAGUGCCAUGAAAAGUGCCAAGAAUUACUGAAUGCUGACUGUCUGCAGCGUGCGGCAGAGAAGAGCUCUAAGCAUGGAGCUGAAGACCGCACUCAAAAUAUCAUCAUGGCCAUGAAGGACAGGAUGAAGAUCAGGGAAAGAAACAAACCAGAAAUCUUUGAGCUGAUCAGGGAAGUGUUUGUCAUCAGCAAAGCCAUCCAUGCACAGCAGAUGAAAACCAUCAAACAAAGCGUAUUGGAUGGGACGUCAAAGUGGUCAGCCAAGAUCACAAUCACAGUUGUUUGUGCACAAGGACUUCAGGCAAAAGACAAGACAGGAUCCAGUGAUCCGUAUGUCACUGUUCAGGUGGGCAAGACCAAGAAGAGAACAAAGACCAUCUAUGGAAACCUCAAUCCAGUCUGGGAGGAAAAGUUCCAUUUUGAGUGCCACAAUUCCUCAGACCGAAUCAAAGUGCGAGUGUGGGAUGAAGAUGAUGACAUCAAGUCCAGAGUGAAGCAGCGUCUGAAGAGGGAAUCUGACGAUUUCCUGGGACAGAGCAUCAUUGAAGUCCGAACGCUGAGCGGAGAAAUGGAUGUCUGGUAUAACCUGGAGAAAAGGACAGACAAAUCAGCUGUGUCUGGUGCCAUUCGCCUCCAAAUCAACGUGGAGAUCAAAGGAGAGGAGAAAGUGGCUCCAUAUCACGUGCAGUACACUUGUUUGCAUGAGAACUUGUUCCAUCAUUCAACUGAUGUACUUGGUCAAGGUGUGGUAAAAAUUCCAGAGGCUCGUGGAGACGAUUCUUGGAAAGUCUACUUUGAUGAUGUGGGACAGGACGUAGUGGAUGAGUUUGCCAUGCGCUAUGGGAUUGAGUCCAUCUACCAGGCCAUGACGCACUUUGCCUGUCUGUCUUCUAAGUACAUGUGUCCUGGAGUCCCUGCAGUGAUGAGCACCCUGCUGGCCAAUAUCAAUGCCUUCUACGCCCACACAACAGCCUCCACCAAUGUUUCUGCCUCCGACCGCUUUGCUGCUUCUAAUUUUGGGAAAGAACGCUUUGUCAAGCUCUUAGACCAGCUGCACAACUCCUUACGCAUUGACCUUUCUAGUUAUAGGAAUCACUUCCCUGCCAGCAGCAAGGAUCGCCUGCAAGAUCUGAAAUCCACUGUGGACCUUCUAACCAGCAUUACCUUUUUCAGGAUGAAGGUCCAGGAGUUACAGUCUCCGCCCAGAGCCAGUCAAGUUGUGAGGGAUUGUGUCAAAGCUUGCCUCAACUCUACAUACGACUACAUUUUCAAUAACUGCCACGAGCUGUACAGCAGACAAUACCAGCCUGUGGACACGAACAAGGAGGAGCUUCCUCUGGAGGAGCAGGGUCCAAGCAUUAAGAAUCUGGACUUCUGGCCCAAACUCAUCAUGCUCAUUGUUUCCAUCAUUGAAGAAGACAGAAACUCCUACACACCUGUACUGAACCAGUUCCCUCAAGAACUUAAUGUAGGAAAGGUGUCAGCAGAGGUCAUGUGGACAUUGUUUGCACAGGACAUGAAGUAUGCUAUGGAAGAGCAUGAGAAGCACAGGCUGUGUAAGAGCACAGACUACAUGAACCUGCACUUCAAGGUCAAGUGGCUCUACAAUGAAUAUGUCAAGGAGCUGCCAGUGUUUAAGGGUGUUGUACCAGACUACCCAUCAUGGUUUGUGCAGUUUGUGCUACAGUGGUUGGACGAAAAUGAGGAAGUAUCUAUGGAAUUUAUGAAUGGAGCUCUGGAAAGAGACAAAAAAGAUGGAUUCCAGCAGACAUCUGAGCAUGCUCUGUUCUCCUGCUCUGUGGUGGACAUCUUCACCCAGCUCAACCAGAGCUUUGAGAUUAUCAAGAAAUUGGAAUGUCCUGAUCCUAGGGUCAUGGCUCAGUAUAGUCGCCGCUUUUCCAAGACAAUUGCCAAAGUUCUUCUGCAGUACAGUGCCAUGCUGACCAAGAAUUUUCCAUCUUAUAUUGACAAAGAGAAGAUUCCCUGUGUAUUAAUGAAUAAUGUUCAGCAGUUAAGAAUCCAGCUGGAAAAGAUGUUUGAGUCAAUGGGUGCCAAACAGAUGGACACAGAGGCUUGUGACUUGCUGAAUGACCUGCAGGUGAGGCUGAACAAUGUGCUGGAUGAUCUAAGUAGAACCUUUGGGAACAGUUUCCAGACUCGCAUCAACGAGUGUAUGCGACAAAUGGCAUCUUUGCUGUACCAGAUCAAAGGACCAGUCAAUGCCAACAACAAAAACCAGGUGGAGGCUGACUCUGACAACAUGCUAAGGCCACUCAUGGACUUCCUGGAUGGAAAACUGACACUGUUUGCUACUGUGUGUGAGAAGACUGUAUUGAAGCGUGUGCUCAAGGAGCUAUGGAGGAUUGUAAUGACCAGCCUGGAGAAGACUAUUGUCCUGCCACAGGGCAAUGAUACCUUUGGAGCACAGAUUCUCUCAGCUGCAAAAGAACUGGGUCAGCUCUCCAAACUCAAGGAUCACAUGGCAGGGGAGGCUAAAAGCCUGUCCCCCAGGCAGUGUGCUGUCAUGGAUGUGGCACUGGACACAAUUAAGCAAUAUUUCCAUGCAGGAGGGAAUGGGCUGAAGAAGGCCUUCCUAGAGAAGAGUCCUGAGCUGUCCUCACUCCGCCACGCUCUGUCCCUCUAUACUCAGACAACAGACACACUCAUCAAGACGUUUGUGACCACACAACAAGCACAAGUGCACAAUGGAAAGGGUAUUAGGUUAACUCCCAAUGAAAAAAUACAACCCAGCAGGGGAUCAGGUGUGGACAAACCAAUUGGAGAGGUGUGUAUCCACAUUGAGCUUUAUACUCAUCCAAAGAGUGGAGAGAGGAAAGUUACUGUUAAAGUUGUGGGGGCCAGUGACUUAAAAUGGCAGACGUCUGGCAUGUUCAGACCCUUUGUGGAGAUCACCAUGAUCGGUCCUCACCUCAGUGACAAGAAACGGAAGUUCCAGACCAAGUCCAAGAACAACAGCUGGUCUCCCAAGUUCAAUGAAACCUUCCAUUUUGUUCUGGGUAACCAAGAUGGCUUUGAGUGCUAUGAGUUGCAAGCAUGCGUCAAAGAUUACUGUUUUGGUCGUGCCGACCGGGUGGUGGGUUUGGUCGUGCUGCAAUUAAGAGACAUCAUGGAGAAAGGCAACUGCGCCUGCUGGUGCCCCCUUGGACAGCGUAUAUACAUGGACGACACAGGCCUCACUGCCUUGCGAAUCCUGUCUCAAAGGUCCAAUGAUGAUGUGGCCAAGGAAUUUGUGAGGUUGAAGUCAGAAACUCGAUCAGCAGAGGAGGGCAGAUGAGGAUAUCUGGAGAACAAGACGGAAAACAAAAGGAUGGAAAAUCCUCUCCGAGUUUUAUUGUAGAUGAACAUGUGGACUCUUUCUUGGACCUGUGAUGUGUCUUAGCUGCUGUUGACUGUUUGGUAGUGGGUUGCCAUUUCUCUUACAUCACUGCUAUGUUCUCACCUUGGGUUUUUUUUGUUUGUUUGUUUUUUGACCAACAGUCACUUUGCAGUGUUCCUCAAACAUCCAUAUUAUUUGCUUUUCAGCAAACAGCCACAUAAAUGCUGGCUCACUCAAGCUUCACACUCAACAGCUGUUUCACAGGUUAGUGACCACUUACUCAGCUAUUUAACCUUAUUUGUAGCUCCUUUGUCAUCAGCCGGAGCGGCACGGUGAGCAUGUCAUAGCCUCAAGGGAACAGAUGAUGCCAGGUCCUGUUGAAGGGCCAAACAAAUCUCUGCACUUCCCUGGUGCAGAGAUUGUGCAAUAACCCCACCUCACCCCAAACUGUGGCCAAGUGUUUUAUGCCUUACACUCUGCAAACUGUGAAUGUGUGAAGUAGGCUUUUAAAAACCAUAUUCUCUAUCUCCUUGGGUGAUGGUUUGGGUAAAUGUGAAAAUACUAUGUUUUAUCUUAUAAAGGAGUGUUUUGUUUGAUGAAUGAACGAGCACUAGCUAGGACACAAUCCUGGUCAAGUACUGACAUACUUUGUGAAAUGAAGGUACUUAAAGUAACAAACCUUAAUUUUGCUAAUUUCACAGAUCAAUUUGAAGGAUUAAUUGGUUUAAUGUGUGCCUUGCCAUGUGAAGUUUCCAGCCCUAUUUCCCCGGGAAAAGGAAUAGCUAGAUAUAAAACCUGAGGGAAUAAAAAUCAGUAACAAUAAGGUUUAACUAAAAUCCUCAUGAAAAUUCACUGUGGAAGUUUAACAAGAGUGCUAUUUGAGCCAUCUUUAUUUAGCUCAUGUAGCCUAGUAUAACCAUGAUGGUGUAACCAUUUUAUUUAUUUUUUUUAUACGUAUUUAUUUUUGUGUUUCAAAACUUGUGAUGGAAUUAUUGUUUACCACCAAAAAUGGACGUAUUUACCACGACAGUGUCAAAGCAUUUGCACAGUGGUUGGUCUAAGCUGCUGAUGUAGCCUAAAUUGGGCCUGAAUUGCAGCUUCAUAACAAGUUGAAAUACACACCCUCAAACUAAAAGUGACAAGCAAGUGCUUGUCAUGCAAUUAAUAACCAAGGUAACCAUGUGUGUCCUUGAUUUAAGAGAUAAUUGUCUUGUUGAAUUAUUCAUUUAGAAAUAGUAGAUGUUGAACUUUCUUCCAAAAAAUAAAAUCUGCAUAUCUGGACAAAUAUUUAAAGUUUACAUAUAUAAUUCUGUCCUGUUUUCUUCUACUCUUUGGAGUGGCCUUACUUUGAUGAAAAGAUAAUAAAUAAAGAAAAGUAAUCUUUUUUGCUUUGUUUUGUUUUGUUUUGUUUUUUUAAUUGCUUUUUUUUAAAGCCCUUGUAUUUCCUUUGGCUUACAGCAAUGAUGACUAGCUACUUCUUUGCCCAUAAAAAUGUUCAUUGUCCAGUUUUCCAAGUGAUUUUCCAUAUCAUUUUAUUGGGUAUAUUUAUCUGGGUUAGGUUUUCUUUUUAAUGUGUUAUAGUUAGUGUUACUUUAUUCUUUCUGAUGUUAUAAAAGCUUUCCUUGGUCCUCCUUAUUAGUUUACGAUGGUUUGUUUUUUUUGGGGUUUUUUUGUUUUUGUUUUUUUUUCAGUUGUGUGGACUGAAGUGAUGUGCGUCAGUGUUGUGAUGUAAUGGAAAAUGUGAAUGUUAGACUUAAUGAAAAAUGAUUAUUGCUCUAUUAUAAAACCCUCAGUGCGUGCACAUUGUGAAACUGGUCACAACCACAACUCAAUGCUCCUCUUUGUUACAGUGUAUUAACCCCUGUGAAUAAUUAACGUUAUUGGUUUAAGAGGGUCAAUGUUUCACAGCCAUUCUCUAAGCUACAUGUUCCUUGUGCCAAGUUGCUACUGUUUAUUUUUGAUCACUUUUUUUGUGUUUUCAAAAAAUUUUAAACCCCUAUGCUAUCACUAAAUCACUGCUGUAGUUAUCAAGUACAGUAUGUAAAACACUGUACUUCAUUAUUUGUGUAAUCUUUGUCAUUAUUGUAAACUGUUGUUGCCAUGUAAACAUUCCAAAUAAUGAAUUUUGUAUAAAAUAUUUAAUAAGUAUUUAUAAAUCUUCU